UAUUUCUCCACCUAUAUUUCAAACACAUGGUUGUUUUGUUUUGAUCGCAAAUAAAUAUACAAAAGAUUAUUACCCAAAUUAAUUAAGUUAAAAUGACGGAAGCCAUUAAACAUGCAGUAGCCGAUUCAACAGGAAAUAAUGAGGAUAACAUCAUAAUCUGUCUACCUGGCGAACGUUUGUGCCGUGUAGAAGAUAAUAUUAUUGUUGGUGAUGGAACCUACGAGCAAGGAGGCUACAUUUAUGCUUCCAAAUCUGGGAUUGUCAAUAUUGAUGAAUCCACUGAAACGUGCCAAGUUGUUAGUGUUCAUAAGCCGGGUUUUCAUUUGACCAUUCCAGCGACUGGGGACAUCGUAACAGCUCGCGUUCUGGUAACAACACCAAAGUUCGCAAAGUGUGCCAUUUUUAGCGUACGAAACGUCUUGCUCGAGAGCAGCUAUAGAGGAUUACUGCGGAAGGAGGACGUCCGCGAAACUGAGAAGGACCGCGUGGAUAUCUAUAAAUCGUUUAAGCCUGGCGACAUCAUCUUGGCACGUGUUAUCAACCAGAUGGAACAAUCAUUUACCUUAAGCACAGCGGAAGCAGAACUAGGAGUUGUAGUAGCCUAUGCCAGUGAUAUACGCAAGAACCGUAUUCCUAUGGUACCAAUUGGAUGGGCUGAAAUGCAAUGUCCAAAGACUACAAUCAAGGAGCCCCGAAAAGUUGCCAAAGUCCUGCCCGAAAGUUCGAUUAAAUCAAAUAGGACAUGAUAUAUUUUAUUUUCUAUUAGUAUUCUAACACAAAUUUAUUAUGUUAACAAAGUUCCAUUAUAAAGCAAUUAUAGUUGAAGCAGAAUCGGAGCAUAAAUCAAAUAGUUGACGAAAUCAACAAAUAUUGAAUUAUGCUGCCAACGAAAAUCGCAUCGCGUGCUUAUGUCUGAUUCUAAUUCACUCUAGAUACAAUACUGUAUAA